AUGGCAGCAGAUACACAACAAUGGGCAGCUGAGCAGCCACAAUCUAGAUCCGUUUUUGAGAUGUCAAAUGGUUCACCAUACGUGUCGGCACAAAUUGAAAAAAUGGAGAAAAAGCUUGAAAGAUUUGAUGCAAAAUUUGACAUGUUAUUACAAAGAAUUUCAGAUUCACAGGUUGCUGUACAGCAGCCUUUACAAGCUGCCUGCAGCAUUUGCAGCUUGACAAAUCAUGAUUUUUUGAACUGUCCACAUAAAGAUGCUUAUUCGAAGUUUAUAGCGGAGCAGGUUAAUUCAUUUAAUAAUUUUCAACGUCCCAGAUAUGACCCGUAUUCAAAUUUCUACAACCCAGGUUGGAGAGAUCAUCCUAAUUUAAAGUGGGACAAAGAUCUGCACUCAAGGCCUCAAUUUCAACAGCAGGUACAUCAACCUGCUGCACCUAAGGCAGCUUGGGAGGUUGCAAUUGAAAAAUUAGCAAAUACUACCACUCACGAAAUCCAAAAUCUGCAUGCAUCAAUGAAAAAUAUGGAAAAACAAAUUGGGCAGAUUGCUGUGCAGGUUUCAGAAAGAGCUCCGGGUACAUUUCCUAGUCAAACAGUACCUAAUCUAAGAGGACAAGAAGAAUGCAAUGCUAUACGAACUCUACGGUCUGGCAAAAGUUACAACAGACAUGAAAAUUCUGUUGGAAAUUCGCAGUCCCAAGACAAAUCCGAAAAUACUGCAAAAGCUACCACAAAAACUGCAGAACGUGUUUAUGAGCCUCCUAUUCCUUAUCCAGAAAGGUUGAAGCCUAAAGUUAAAGAUCAACAGUUGACAGAUUUCAUGAAAACGUUGGCUAAAGUUCAAAUUAAUCUUCCAUUAAUUGAUGCAAUCAAGAACAUUCCAUCUUAUGCCAAGUUUUUUAAGGACGUUUGUACAAAGAAAAAGAAGCUUGUGGAUUCCGAAAAAGUGAUUCUAACAGAACAGUGCAGUGCGGUCUUAUUGCAUAAAUUACCUCCAAAGAAAAAAGAUCCAGGGAGUUUUACUAUCUCUUACACCAUUGGAAAUUGUGACUUUAGUAGUGCUUUAAUUGAUUUAGGUGCUAGUGUAAACUUAAUGCCUUAUUCUGUUUUCAAACGUUUAGGUGAAGGUGAGCUGAAGCCAACCUCCAGUAUUAUUCAAUUGGCUGACCGUUCAAUUACCUACCCUAGAGGAGUCAUUGAAGAUGUUAUUGUGAAGGUUGACAAUUUAUAUUUACCGGCUGAUUUUAUGGUGUUGGACAUGGAUAAGGAUUUGACAACGCCUAUUAUUUUGGGACGCCCAUUUCUGGCAAACAACCCGGACUCUUAUUGA